AUGCUUUUUUUCUCACUUGCCACUUGUUGGCUGACGCUUUCCUUAGCGUCAAGUCUUCCCGAUUCUGAGUCAAAACGGGAUACAAAUGCAGUACCACGCGCCGCUUAUUUCCUCGACAAUGACCCAAGCGGUGCUUCAAUCGUGUCUUUGGACAUUUUGACCAAUGGAACUCUCUCCAAUCCUGUGAGAACUCUUACUGGUGGAAAGGGUUCAUGGGCGAAGUGGAUUAUUCCAAGCCCUGCUCCUCCAGACAACACUGGGUUUGCAGGACCAGACAGCCUAUUUUCUGCCAACUCGAUUGUUGUAUCUGGAAACUUUCUUUUUGCCGUUAAUGCUGGAAGUAACACCCUUUCCCUGUUUAAGAUCGAUCCCAGCAACACACAGCACCUGACCCUCGUUGGUAAACCUGUCGGUACUUUGGGCGAUUUCCCAAUCUCAGUCACUUACUCAGAGAAACUUCACAUUGCUUGCGUUCUCAAUGGCGGAACAAGAGCUGGAGUCGCCUGCUUCUCCGUUGACGCGUCUCGUGGCCUCGUCGUAUUGGACGGCAGCCUUCGCUCUAUCACCCCGGCCUUGAACCAAACGACGCCACCAGGGGGCCCUAUUCUCACUGCAUCUGAUAUAAUGUUCAAUCCAUCUUCAACAGGCCUUUUUGUCUCUACGAAGGGUGCCCCCCCUUCUUCUGCUGGAGCGAGCCCAACUCUUGGCUUUAUCUAUGCGUGGCCGGUAGUUGGGAAAACAGUUUCCACAACUGCAACCAUCUCGCAACCGUCAGGUGUCAUUUUAGACUUCAGUCUUACAUUUUUGGGAGCAGAUGACUCAAUUCUGCUUACCGAUGCUGCCGGAGUUGGUUAUAUUCUCUCGGUGUCUUCCGGCUUGUAG